GCUCUUCAUUUCCAGUCUGUGCUAGACCAGCUGCUGCCAUGGUUUUAAGACUGAUUGCCAUAAUAGCUUUGGCGCGGGGGCAACCUGUGCCUGAUGAGCAGACAGCCCAGCAGAAGGCGCUUUUUGCUUAUCAUGAAGAGAGAGCACGAGCUGCGAGUGCUGCAGCAACAGCAGAUGUGCUCCAGUUUCUGGAGUCGGACGAGUUUAGAGAAGUCCUGAGAGAUUGCUGUGCAGACAUCGCGCAUGAAACAAGCAUGGAGUUGCUGCAACGGUAUCGCGAUGAGGCACGCUCGGCUGAGCUGGCCCACGCCUUCCCAGCAAACGCGCUUGCUUCAGUAUGGCCUGAUGUGACGCUGAAAGAGAUGGACUUCCCAUGGUUUCUGAACGAAUGGCAGGCAGCACUUUUGCAGGAAUCCUUCAAUACUACAGGAGGGCCUCAGGUAGUGAACGACUUGAUGCAGCAACAGCUCUAUGGGUGCAAAGCCUUUAAGGGUCCAAAACCCACAUGGAAAGAAGCUGCAGAGAGACUGAUUUACAUAGCGCACAACAUGCGCCGCAUUGAUUUUGCGUCGAUCCCGUCUUUUGGGGAUGUCUCUGCAAUCUUCAACACCACAUAUGUACAAAAGAUGGUCAUCAUUGCUCCGUAUGACACCGGCCAAUAUGGCAUGGCCUGCAAGCACGAGGGCGUUCCCAAAGGUUUUCCAACUCCAGAACUCAAUUGCAGCUCGUGGCGUGAAGUGCUUGGGACUUUGGAGCAUUUGGACCACUUGAUUCUUCCUAACCUUGAGAUGUUCGGCAACUGGACAGCUCCUGGUCCUAGUCUGUCUCUGAAUCGGACAGUGAAAGACCACGUCAGAUCGUUGUUUCAGCGAAGUGGGAUCUCGACUGCCCGAUAUGAAGCUUUACCACCAGAAGACAUCAUGGAAGCGAUGCAAUAUUUGGAAGCAAACAUCUUGGGAAACCCCCGGCUUCCGUCCUCCGUGAAGUUCUUAAUUGGCAAUGUGGCUACCCUCUUUGGGACCGUGGACGGCCGGCGCUUGCAGCUCUUGGCGCAGCGCUGGGGUUGGCCGCUCUUUUGGGGCAUGGCAGGGGUGCUGACACAAAAGUCAAAGAUGCUGAUUGAAUCUUUCCCGGGGCAGCGACGCUUUGGUGAUCCUGUUGUAGGGCAGUUGAAUGCUACAGGGAGCGAAGAACAUUUCCGGGAGUUGUGGAUGCAAGUGGAGCAUUUGCGAAGCACAAGGAAUGUGACGAAUGCCGACCUUGAUGCUUUGUGGCAGCAGCUGUCAGAGAGCCAGCUUCUUGUAGAGCCUUUAAAGGCAUCGAAUCCGUGUCCUGAUCAUUGUGUAGCACGGGCACUUUCUGGACCUUGCGUGUGUCGUGAGAAUUCACGCGGUCAACAAAAUCAACAAAUCGUGCUGGUCUGAGGAAUUCAGGAUUUGGUACAGGCUAACUGCACUUGCUUUCGAAUCCCUCCGUCAAAAAAAAUAGGGCUUAGCCGCUGCUGCGUGC